UAAAAUGGCAUAAUUUCAGGUUUAUCCAGGUUCUCCUGCACCUACUGGUGGGUCUGUUAUGUGGGGUCAAAUGUGGUCUCCUCAGUAUCCUGUGAUGCCACCAUUAUCUCCAGCCCAUUACAUGGAUGUCAAGGAAGUUGAAUAUGCAGCACCUCCAAGUGCUAGUGAGUUGCCAUCUCCUGAACUGUUUACACACAUUACCACAGAAGAUAUGGCUAACAAUGUACCUCUUCGUGAUAAUCGGCUUCAGGGUGUGACUAACCCUUUGUGUGGAGAUGAUGAUGACACUUGGUCCAGCUGCACCAGUGAUCCAGGCAAAGCAUCUAGUAGCUCUACGCCUUCUGCUCCAAAGUUGCGAACAAAGAGGCGCCUUGCUGCUCAGUUUGCUUCUAAUUAAGAUUUUCAUAAUUUUAUAGGUAUAGUGGAGGAACUAAAGAUGGGUUUUUUUGUAUGUUCAGUACUAUUGUAUUAAUGUUAUUUGAUAUAUAGUCUCUAUUAAAUGACUAAUUGUAAAUUUAUUGUAAUCUUUGUUGACACUUCAUAAGAAUAUUUAAGUUAAAUUAAGUUUUUUUUGAGUAAGUUUUUGGAUCUGUUAAAUCUAGUCUUUGUUGACUUGAGUGGCUAAUUGUUUGACAGUCCCAAAAUCAUUUUCUAUUUAAUGUUGCACAUUAGGGGCUAUUUGUAAAGUAUGAAGUUUGUUUUAUUGUGGGAGGUUGUGUAAUUGGCAUUUUUUCAGAAACCUUGUAUUCAAGAACUAAAUGGUGAUUUGAUACAUUUUCUUAUUGAGCAUUCUGACUUUUGACUUUUAUACAGUAUUGUCAGAUUAAACUUUUAUGAAGACAACCUAUUUUAGAAGUGGUCAUGAAGUUGUGAACUUUGUGUCGCUGGAAAUUUGAAAUUUUUUUCAAAUAAACUUUUUCAAAUGAACUUAUUUAAAUUCAACAUUACAUUGUAAUGGUUAUUUAUUCAGUGACAGUUUGAUGAAAUUUUAAGUUUCCAUAUUUAUAUGAAUAGUUGUGUAUUUCUGUUGAAAUUGUUGAUAACCUUAACAUAGAAAUUGGUGUGUUUUGUGCAGUCAUUUAUUUUCAUUGUGAAGUUAAAUGUUUUUGUUUAAAACUUUUUAUACAGUAGUUUGAGUGAAAUUUCUGCCAUAAAUUGAAGCUGGAAAUUUCCUGUUGUACUUGUCAGUUUUGUCAAGAGAUAACAGUAUUCUUUAUUGUUGGGUAUGUUGGUCUGUUAUUGAUCCUUACCCUUAUUGAUUGGGAUAAAAUUCAUCUUGUUUUCCCUCGGGAGUUGGAAUAAAGUACAGAAGAGAA